GAGGCAGAUAGAAAAAUGGCCCUCGAUAAUUUAAUUUUCGCCCAGUGCAUCCUAUAUUUUUUAGCCUUCGUAUUCGGUUUCAUCGCCGUGGUGCCUCUGUCUGAAAAUACGGAGGAUUUCCGGGGGAAAUGUCUGCUUUUCACGAGGGGUAUGUGGCAAAAUGAGAACAUCACCGUGUCGAAGCAGCGCUUCAUCGUGGAGGAGUGGGGACCCGAGUCCUCCUGCAGCUUCAUCACUUUUGUCGGGAUAGCGUCCCUCAUCCUGUCCGCAGUGCAGUCAUGGAGGCUGCUGUUCUUUCUGUGCAAAGGACACGACGACUCCAUCUUCAACGCCUUCCUCAACCUGCUGAUCAGCUCCCUAGUCGUGUUCACAGUCUUCCUGUCCAGCACUAUUGUCAGUGUGGGUUUCAACAUGUGGUGCGACUCUGUCACCGAGAGUGGGACCAUGCCCAGCAGCUGCGAGGACAUGCAGGACACUGAUCUAGAACUCGGCCUGGACAACUCUGCUUUCUACGACCAGUUUGCUAUAGCUCAGUUUGGCCUGUGGGCUGCAUGGCUCACCUGGCUUGGGAUUGCAGUGAUGGCCUUCCUGAAGGUCUACCACAACUACAGGCAAGAGGACCUGCUGGACAGCCUGAUCCACGAGAAGGACCUCCUUCUUGGUCGCUCCUCACGCCGCAACUCUGACCUCAAGACCGGUCUGAUCUAAAAAAAAAACAAAACAAAAAAACAGGGGACAUCCAAACACACACACACACUCACACGUACAGUCCUCUUGCCUGUCAUGAGAAACACCAAUAUUUGCCUCUGUAGACAAUCAAAUUGGCUUUUGCUCCCAUUGAUCGCGGAUUGAAUCAAACGGAAGGUUUUAGCUUUGUUCUCCAAAGGUGAUUGAUUUCUCCUCAAAAAAUCUCCUUAUGGUUGUCAAUCCUUUAGGGAAUCCUGCUUUAUUGAGUUUAAUUAUUAACUGUGUGCAUUCCUCGUCAACUCUCACACUCACACACACACACACACACACACAAAACCAUGCUUACACUCUGAUAGCAUUAAAAUCAUUUGAUGGAAAUGUUAUUCUUAAUUCAUGAAUUUCUAUAUAGCAACACAGUAUUAAUGGCUUGGGACAAAUUGGCCAAGGGAUCAUGUCGUCUUUGUGAAACUUCUGCAUGGACCUAAUGCAUGACAAAUUAAUAGGGUGGUGGUUUUUAGAUGUAAAAGGGAUGUUUUAUUUCAUUUUAUACACCAAUAAAUGUGUUCCUAUGGAGGGAGUUUUCCUGGUAGAACGCGCACAAGAUGAAGUGGGAGUUCUGCAUGCUGCAGCAAAGUAAAAAGAUGUGUGCUUUUGCAGUGUAUUCUCAUUUUAAUAAGCAGUUACAAAAGGUGUUUUAUAAAAAUGACAAAUUGUAGUUCUGAAUAUUAAUGUAACAGGCAGCCGGUUAAAAAUGCUUUUAGCAAUCUGUGUGAGAUAAAAUACAAAUCCUAUCUUGUGCCAUAUAGUAACUCAGGCUUCUCCUUUACACUUUAUAGGCUACAAACCAAUAUACUGUAUUACUGUGAGUAGACGCACAAAUGUACCCGCAUGCAUCUCUGUCCCUGUUACAUCCACAUCACACACUCACUCAGUGUUAGAAAUGACAGGAAGAAAGCAAAUCAUCUGCUUCACUUUGAUAGGCAAUGACAAUUUUAUUCAAAAGAACUGAAAUCAUAAAACGGUAGGAACUAAGAAAACCCUCCAUAAAAGGCACUUCUUUCAAAGUGACCAUAAACGUUUGGACAGCCGUGAAAUGCAGCUUUUAAGCUAAAUGUUAAUAUGCAGGACAUGAGUUCACUGUUUUAUUGCUAAUGACGAUUUAGUCUGACAGUACAGAGUUGAGUGUUUCUUUCUUCCAUAUGGGUGUUAUUAGCGUUAUAUUGCUUUGACAUUCAAACAUCCAAAAUCCAACGCUUUCCUUCUGAGUUCCCUGAAACCUGUUAUACAAAGAAAAAUGUUUUACUGGAAACCAUGUGAUGUGUGUUAUUGCUCAUAAUGAGAGGUCUGUGGGAUGUGCAUCACUAUGCUCUUUUGUUCCUAUAAUCCAUUUGUGUGGUUUGAAUUUCAUUUGAUAAAAGGACUCCUGCAAUAACCUCCAGAAUCUGAUUGUUAUAUGUCUGUGUUUGGCCUCAUAUUUCUAGAAAU